GGUGACCGUGGCUGUGUACAGCUUCUUCCUGGCUUGUCUGAUUGGUCGGCAGUUCUUGGACCCCGCCCAGGGCUACCCGGGUCACGACCAGGACUUCUAUCUGCCUGUCUUCACUCUGUUGCAGUUCUUCUUCUAUGUUGGCUGGCUGAAGGUGGCUGAGCAGCUCAUAAACCCCUUCGGCGAGGACGAUGACGACUUUGAAACCAACUGGCUAGUGGAUCGUAACUUGCAGGUGUCCUUACUGUCUGUGGAUGAGAUGUAUGACAGCCUGCCUGUGGUGGAGAGGGAUAAGUACUGGAACGAGUCCGAACCUCAGCCUCCGUACACCGCAGCCAGCGCUGAGCACCGCAAACCCUCCUUCAUGGGCUCGGCGCUCGAUAUCAGUGUGGCCAAGGAGGACAUGGAGUUCCAGCCCAACCUGGAGCAGAUCAAGGAGCACGAGGAGGCCAGCUACUCCACCCCACUGCUGGGGGGCCUGGGCCGGCUGCUGGGCGUCCAGUCGCCCAGCUUCCCCCGCUCCUCCAGGGUGCCCCUCCUCCGCCGUCGCCCGGGGGCCCCGCUGAGCCGCAUCCCGCCGUACCUGCACCCCGCGGGGGGGGCCCGAAACCACGGCCGCCACCCCGCCCACCCGGACCAGGACCCUGACUACCACUUCUCCUCCAUGCCCCUGUACGAGAGGCCGGGUUUCUACAGCUGUCCGCAGACCCCCAUCCACUGCGUGCCCCCCGCCGUGCAGCGGCCGCGGCCCCCGCGCAGAACGCCGGGGGACUGGGAGCGCAGCUGCAGCUCGCUGGUCCCCCCAGUCACGCCGACCACCCUGCCCCCCCCGCCCUCAUCGGCCUUCCCCUGGCUGACGGCCGACGGCGAGGUCCCCGCGGGCCCGGCCUUCUCCUUCCCCGACCCGGCGCCGGAGCUCUGGCCCAUCUCUAAACUCAGACCGGGACAGGGCCUGCUGUCCCGCCGCCCGCUGCCCCCUCACCUCACCCUGGACCCCCCGCACCCGGCCGACAGCCAGCCCGGGACACCCAGCGGGUGGGCCACGGGCAGUCCGGGGGAGCGGGGGUUGAACGUCCCCCCUCGUACCGCUACAGGAAACGCCAGUAAUCCCAGUAACAGCUCAACCAGCCUGGUCACACCCAGCCACCUGAGCACGAACGCUGCUGCCAACCUCUGCCCCGGGACGACCCACGGCACCCCGGGUAGCCACGGUAACUUCAACAGCAGCCUACGAGAAGGUAACGGGGCGAGCAACGGAGGGCUGAGCAACACAACGAACACUGUUUCCCCUUCAGGGUCGUCUCUACAAGUAGCCAAUCCACGGCACUCACCCAACGAUUCAGGGAUCUCAUUGGCUGAAGGUGACCUGCUGGGCGCUCUCCUGGAGAGUCAGAAGAGCAGAGCUUCUGGACCGAGGGAACAGGACUAAGGCAGGUCACCUUCCGCAUGGUUUUUCCAGACGGCAAUUACAUCAGAUAGGUAAUGAUUGAAAUAAGUGUUAACUGUGUUCUAUGUUAGAUGGAUGUGUUUAGUUGUCAAUGAAGUUGUACAAAGCUUCAUUAAGUUAGCCUUCAUUCAGUUAAUCUCUACUUCCUUCCUGGAUUUACAGAGCAAAUCAGCCUACUUAUGCAGUAAGUAUCGCCUGGAAUCAAUCAAACAUUUCAGGUGUACUUUGCACUGAUCUCCAGCACUAACGGAAAUAUAGUAAGCACUGUUACUCACACUGUUUCCCUACUGCGGGACAUUCCUCUUUAAUAAAUCCAUUUCCAUUUCCCGCA